UGUCUUAUUUAAUUAUUUUGAAUUAAGAUAAGUAUGCAUAUUCUCAAAAUUCACAGAUUGCCAUAAGAAAAGAUAUAGAUGAGUGUAGAGAAGACGCCGGAAUAAUUUCAGUUGAACGGCGAAUCGACUGCUUCGAAGCUCUAUUCAGGAAGAAAAUGUCUCUCCUCAGCUCAUCAUUCUUAGUUUCAGCACCUUGUAAGAGUAUAUCUUCGUCCAAGACAAUUUUAGGGGAAUCCCAGCUCUUCCUCUCCACCAAGUUUUCUUCCCUUAGUCUAACCACUACCACCACCACAAUAACCAAUGUUCCUUACAGAAAGUUAAUAAUUAGGAUGGGUGGUGGUCCAAGAACGUAUCCUGGAGGCGUUUCAAAGUGGCAGUGGAAGCGUAUGCAAGCUAAGAAGUCUAAGCAGCUCCUUAAGGCCCGAUUGGCUCGGGAACGCCAAAUUUAUGAGAUGAGGAAGCGGGCUGAGCUGAAAGCUGCUGUCUCUGAGCUUGAGAGGCCUUGGGAAGUGGUUGAAAAGGCACCUACUUUAUUCUCUGUGAGUGCGGAUGAGCAUUUGAGAGUCUUGGCAGAUCGGUUUCAAAAGCCUGGAGGGUUUGAUAUGUGGUCUGACAAAGAUGGGCCAGAAUUGUUCAAGCCUGAAGAUGGAUUACCCUCAGCAAGAUUUUUCCCUAAGGGGGUUGUUCAUAGCAUUAAACCCUAUGGAAAUGUUGAGAAUACUGAUCGUGGUUCUGAUGAGUUCUCAAAUUUGGGUUCAGAUUCUCAAAGUGGAAGUGAUAGAUUAGUUCAUGCUCAAAUGCAGGCGGAGUUAGCAAAGAAAGAGGUAGAAAGUGAUAAGAAGGUGAGAAUGAAGAGUGCUAGAAAUGAGCAGAAAAAUUCAACAAAACUAAGAAGUGGAUCCAAUAGAGAAGGAAAUGAGGGUUUAGUUUCUAAUAAUGUGUCGAAAGAUGGAAACAGUCGCACGGGCAUGCAGAAUAAGCUCAGGAAGAGCACAGAUCAGAGGAAGUUGUCUGUCCAUGCUGAAAAAUUUAAUUCAGCGGAAGCUGGGAAGUCUAGAGUAAAGAAUAAGGGUCAUAUCCCAGUUGAUAGUGACGGAAAGCAUGGAAGGUUUAAUCUGGUAGACAUGUUUGAUGAUUCAGAUUCUCCAGUGUUUGAAUUGAGUCUGCUAAACGAUGGGAGUUAUGAGCUUCAACCAGACAAUUAAGAGUUCUGAUGUAGACAAGCACAAAUUUGGUAGAGAGAAUAUGUAAAUCAUCCUUGUUCAUAUAUAUACUUUUGCAUCUUUAACAGUUACUCAUUAGAUCCACAUCGGAAACUAAAAAGAACUUCGAGUUCAGCACGUGAAGUGUGAACUGGGGAUGUGAAGCUUUUGUAGGAUUCAAAAGGAUGUACAACUUAUUAUGAAUUUGAUCUUACAUUUGCUUAUGAUUGCCCAUAGAAUCCCUGAUUACUAUCCUCGCCUUUCCCUCAAGGGUGUGAAGAGGGAAGAUAAUAAUUUGCUACUUUCGUAUCUUCUACUAUUAGUUUCCAUUAAUUCGAGCUUGCUGUGAACCUUCCAUUUGGUGAAUGGCACAUCCAGGCUUUCCUGUAAGGAAUAGAGAUGAAGAUUUGAGACCUCAAUUUGUUUUGGGUAAGUCAGUAUAAUAUAUAACAGUUUGCUUUCAGAUGACUUCAUGUUAUUCUCUACUUGGAAGUUAAUAUGUUUUUGUUGA